CAAGAAUGCAACGCUCUAAAUCUUGGAAUCCUUUCCAAAUUCUAAACAAUUCGUCUUUUAAGUUGAACUUAAAUUCUAGAAAACCGGGUCUGCAGUUGUGAAGAGCUUGGAAGUUCCGAGCAAUGCGGCGGUCCCUUCCUUUCCUGAGUAACCACGCAGUCUGAGAGACCAGUAUCGGGCGGCACCGUGGCACUGAUGCCAGUGCACCCCGGCGGUUCGAGCCCGAAUUCUCCUCCGAUGACCUCCGCCAUGAGCAAACUGCCAGCCCUCUUCUACACGGUCGAGGUAGGGGACACCAAGUUCACCAUCCUCAAGAGGUACCAGAACCUCAAGCCCAUCGGAUCCGGGGCGCAAGGUAUCGUAUGCGCUGCAUACGACACUGUGACCCGGCAGAAUGUGGCUAUUAAGAAGCUGAGCAGACCUUUCCAGAACGUCACUCAUGCGAAAAGGGCCUACAGGGAAUUCAAGCUCAUGAAACUGGUCAAUCACAAAAAUAUCAUUGGUCUUUUAAAUGCUUUUACGCCGCAGAAGACGCUUGAAGAUUUUCAAGAUGUUUACCUGGUGAUGGAACUCAUGGACGCCAACCUGUGUCAAGUGAUCCAGAUGGAUUUGGACCACGAGAGAAUGUCCUACCUCCUGUACCAAAUGCUCUGCGGAAUCAAACAUUUGCAUUCAGCAGGGAUCAUCCACAGAGACCUGAAGCCAAGCAAUAUCGUUGUGAAGUCUGACUGCACGUUAAAAAUUUUGGACUUCGGUCUUGCCCGUACUGCCGGUACUACUUUCAUGAUGACCCCCUACGUGGUAACCCGUUACUACCGGGCUCCAGAAGUAAUAUUAGGCAUGGGAUAUAAGGACAAUGUGGACAUUUGGUCGGUGGGCUGCAUCAUGGGAGAAAUGAUUCGAGGUGGCGUACUCUUCCCAGGAACAGAUCACAUCGACCAAUGGAACAAGAUCAUCGAGCAGCUGGGUACCCCUUCCCCGGAAUUCAUGAAGAGGCUACAGCCGACGGUGAGAAAUUACGUGGAGAAUCGCCCCAAGUACACGGGCUACGCCUUCGAGAAACUUUUCCCAGACGUCCUUUUCCCCGCCGACUCUUCGGAGCACAGCCGGCUCAAGGCGAGCCAGGCGCGGGACCUUUUAUGCAAGAUGCUGGUGAUCGACCCCGAGAAGCGGAUCUCGGUCGAGAAUGCCCUACUCCAUCCAUACAUCAACGUCUGGUACGACGAGGCCGAAGUCAAUGCCCCUGCUCCAGCACCGUACGACCAUUCAGUCGACGAAAGAGAACAUACUGUACAGCAGUGGAAAGAACUAAUUUAUCAAGAAGUAUUAGAGUAUGAGCAGACUCACAAUACUUUGGGAAUCCGACCGAUUGGUUCGCAUUUGAACUCACAAGCAGAUGGUGUGAUUGAGAUCGACAGUGAAGUCGACGGCCUAGUAGACCAGUCCACGAAUGGUCCCAACAAUCCUUUCAACCGAAGACGAUAAGCCAUUAUUUUUUACCUGCUCUUCCUCAGGUUCAAUCUACAGGAAAACAUGCAAGGAAAGAAAAGAACCUUUCAACAUUGUCAAACGCAUUUCGGAACGUAUUUUUCAUACGAUGGACUAAAAUUGAAAAUUUCCGAUUUGAAAAGAAAAAAAAAAUCUAGGACGUUUUUCAUCGAAAGAGAUUCAAAAAAUGCGCUCAUUUAAACAUCACCUGCAGAUUCUACGCAUUCCUUUCAUCUACUUUAUAUAAUAGAGAAAUCGCCAUUUUUCUUUGAUACCAAAUCGUCAAUUUUAUUAGAAUAAUAUUCAGUGCCAGAAGCAGUAUUCAUUUUAUAGAUAAUCAUGCAUGUUUUCAUUUCUAACGGUAGCGCCUAAAAUAUAUGCACUCUUUAACAGUAGAAUAUUUUCAUUACGGCAAUUUUAUCAUCCGAUACGGAAAACACUUCCAGUGGUUUUCAAGAUUUGGGGAAAACAACUAUCUGUUUAUAGUGCGUUGUGGUGUAAAUGUGUUUGAAGCAUUGAAAUUAAAACCGGUCACAUGUUAGUUAGAAAUAAGUGAAAGAUGUGAAGAAUUUCAUGGCUGAUAAAUACAUUUUUUAUCAAGAAUGUUGCGAUGAAAGUGACGUUACGUCAAACAGUGCAGCUGGUGCGCUAGCCUGUUUUUGAUUGCAGUUUGCAAAUGUCUGAAAUUAAGAUAUCUUGUAGUUUCGAGCCUUUUUUUUAAUACGUGAUAAAAGACGUCUAUUUUCUUCACGCUCUUUUACAGCCAUUCUAUAAUCAAUGCUAUUCUAGUCGUCGAUGAAAUGUGCAAUACAUAUAAGAAUUACCCUUUAUUGUAUUCAUGAGAAUGAAUGCAAGGGAAAUUAUUGUUAGGUAAUAACAAAACGUUAAGUAAUAAUAAAGACCGAACUCACCGCAAAUGCUUAAAAACUCGGGCAUUGGAUCAUAAUAGGUAUAAUAAAACAUUACUAUAAAUAAAACAUUGAUUACCAAAAUGUGACUUUAAAAUUGCUCCAAAGCAAAAAAAAAAAGCAGAGGAAAUAGGUCUACCGUCAAUUUAGCUCUGAAGGAGAGUCACACAAUUUCCAAGUUUGAGAUUAUUUUGAAAAAGUAUCCGCUAUUUCGAUGAUGCUCUUGCUCUCUGACGACUAAAUCAAGGCAAUUAUCGCACCGGUCGAACUUCUUCCCCUUGCGUUUUCGACCGAUCACGUGGACACAAUUGCUUCUGAUUCCCGAAUCAAUAUCAAAUUCGUCACGUGACCGAGUCGAAAAUGAUAUCGAAGUUAAUCCCAGGCGUGCGAGUAUCGGGCUGUUGAGUUGUCGGUCGCAAUUGCAGGUAGAAGCUUUUUUUUUUUUUUUGGAUGCCAUGAAGAAUUUCUAACGUUAUUUUCAAGCAUCACAAAUUAAGUUAAAAAAGGAAUUAUUUUAUUACUUUUCGUGAAUUCGUAGAUUUUUUUUCGUAUCAUUCUGUAAAGUAAAUCUGUUUUUGCUUUGUUUCACUAAAGCUGAUUUUGUAAGCAAAAUUCAUACAACUGUUUUGUAUAGCUUAAAGAUUAGUCGUUCGACGGAAAGAACUUAAGCUCAAUUGUUCUUAAAAACUUUUUGAUGCUUGUUAAGAAAUCUAUUGUUUGAAACAAUCAAAAUUUUCGGCACGAAAACAUUUUUGGAGUCAAGAAUAUAGCUUUUAUCAAUUCCAAGGUUGAGAAGUUCAAAUUUUGAAGAAUAAAUUUAAAUGAUUAUUGCACAUUUCAUUGAAUGUUAAUAUCAUUAGAUCGUCCAACAAAAGGUAUUUCAUCAAGAUGUAAAUGACUUAAAUAUGUCAUAUGUGAAUAUUUAUGGAAAGAAAAUAUAUAGCACCUUUAAAAUGUCAUGGAAAUCAUUGUUAAUAAUAGAAGUUUUGAACUACCAAAAGCAGUUUAAAAGUUCCUGUUCAAAAUUUGUAAAUUCAGAAAUCUUUAUUUGCAUCUUUAUUAAUUAAUUCCAUGCAUAAAACUAAAUAAUAACUUAGAUAAUGCAAAGAUGUUGAACAGAAAGCUUCAAAUUAAAUUAAAGCAAUGUUCCUUUGGUUAAGAAACACCGGCCUCAUAUUUUAAAAAUUAAAAACUUAAAAGAAAUAUCAAUUCUAAGAAUAUUUUAUCGAAAUUAAUAACGAGAUGAUUGAGUACUUCAGGAAAGUAUUUGACUUUUUUAUUUGUUAUUUUAAAAGGAAAUACGUAUUUCAAACAGUAAACUGAUAGGGUCAAUCAAUUCAGCUAUAAUUCUCUUAAAGAAUACUAUAUUUUCAGUGUCUACACAAUUUUCUUUUUAUGUAUUUUAGCAAUUUGGCUCUAUCAGAAAAAAAUAUAUACUAUUAAUACAAAAAAAAAGAAAGAUUCAUUUAGUUUUUCAAUAUAAAUCAUUUUUUCAAGAACAAGAAUGAUGAAAAUUGUCGAGAAUUAUUUUUCACUAAAAUAUAAAUCAUUAAACUUCUAUAAGAGCCGAUUUAGUGAGUUCUUCCUUAAAUUAUUCUUUGAACAUUCAACAGAAAAAAUGUCGGUGCAAACAAAAUGAGACAUAAAAUUUUGGAAAUUGAAUUUGUAAUAAAUAUUUUGUUGUUGCAAAUUGUGAAUUAUUACUUUUUUUUUAAGAAAAAAUGAUUAACCUGUACGAACUUGAUCAGAACUAAUAUAUACUUAUAUCAGAACUUGAAUAAAUUUACUUGCAAAAUAAUUGUUUCACUGAUCACCUCGUGCAAGUUAAAGCAAUAAUGUCUGAGUUAAUGAAAAAGCAGAGGAACAUGUGCUUAAUUUAAAAAAAAUCGAAAAUAAAUGUUUCUGUUACCAAAAAAUAAUGUUCAUUUUUUCCAAACAAAGGUGAUAAAGUCUAUUCUUCCAUGACAACCAACAGACACAGCUUGGCCAAAAAAAAAAAAAAAAGAAUCACAACUUAGAACAAUCUAUAAAAUUUUCCCUAUUUUUGUACAUCGGUGAAAUGAGUGGUAGAGAAGCGAAAUGAAGAACUCGAAGUUGAUUUUACCCUUUAUUCUAUAGAAAGUGAAAGUUAAGAGCAUUUUUCGGUUGUUUGUCCAUGAAAAUUUAUUAGAUUUAAUAUUUUGCUCAAGAUUCACGAGUAGCAAAAAUGAAUUAAUAUCGAUCUUUAUGUGUAGUGCUUAGAAAAUCAUUUGAUGUCUUACUCCAGUACUUAAAAGAGCAAAAUUCAAAUGCUGUUGUCUUUUGUGAUUGUUUACGACGCACAUCACCAUUUGAUUAUCGCAUUGUUCUGAUUAGUUGCUUUCUUGAGCAUUUAAAGCAUCUUGCUUGAUUAGGCUAAAGUGUAGAAUACGGGGACAUUGGCGAUAUGGCGGAUUUAUCACUAUUGGAAGCUAAGGAUUUCCUAGUUGGCGACAUUCUACAAUUGUAUUGCAACCAUAGUAUUUGUCCUCACUUUUGGUCAAAGUUACAUUGAAACUACUUAUUUGGCGAUAUCACAUAUUAUUUUGACCUUUUAAGCUACUUUAUACUGAAAUAACCAUUAAAGGAUACUAAAUACUCCAUUUAAUAAAUUUUAAAAAACCUCUUAGUCAAAUAAUUAAACUAAGCCAUGUGACAUAAUUCAUUAAAAAAGAAUUAAAAUAAGUUAUUAAAUAACAGUUAUAAAUAAUCAGUUAAACCUAUCCGUUAAAUAAAGUUCCAUUAAAAUGUAGAAUAAUCCACCAACUAAAUUAAACAGAAACAAAAGCUCCAUCAAAUGAUAAAUAGUUCACCAAAUAAGUAUUUGCUGUCAUUGAAAAACAAUAAAAGUUCUAUCAAAAGGUAAAACGAGGACAAAUGUGGCUGCUACGUGAACGAUAUUUUUCUGUUUUCGCUAACGUAGAAAGUAAACCAGUCGCCAAGCGUCAAUGUGACACUUAUUCUAUACUCUUACCCUUGAUUAUUUUUUGAUAAAACGAAUGCGGCAAAUAUAGCAACUUCUAUGCUCUCGAAACUCUGGACUAAGGUUUUAUUUCUGUUGUGAGCGAAAUGCAGCAACAAUUGUUAAACAAUGACUCCAAGCAGCAUGACUGCCAUUUGGGGCAAAAAAUAAAACUUUUCAUACAACUAUUUUGGCAGAACUUUUGGAUACAUGAAUUUUUAUAUUUUAUUGUUGUUCUUUCUUUUUCAAUAAAUAAAUUUUGGUAUUUCACCAACGCGAAGCCAAACUACACCUGAGGAUAUUCGCCCAAAUGAAAUGAAGGGAAUGCCCCACAACAUGAAGACUAAUCCUCAAAGAUAUUGAUAACAAGUCGACGAGUUCGUUUUGUAAGAUUUUCGUUCAUAAAUGAUGCUAUACUUUAAAAAACAUACUUGUUUAUCAUAAUUUGAGGCGUUUAGUAUCAAAUCCAGCUCAUUCCACUUUUUGAAAAUUUUCAGGAGCAAAAAAAAACUCUAACAGAAUAGAAUCACUUUUCAAAAAAAAAAAAAAAAAAAAACGUGUUUUGUCAGCAAUUUUCGAUCUGCGUGAACUGGAUACGUUCCAAAUUUCUUUGUAGCUCGAUACUAUUUACCAAAAAGUAUCAAAUUAUGAAGCAAAAAAGCUUUUGAAAGUGCAUGGGCUGAGCUGAUUUUAAGUCUAAACAUCUGAUUUAUAAUAACGUUUGAAACAAAAAAAAUAAUAAGCUGAAGAUGAUAUUACAUGGAUACACUAUGAAUAUGAAUGACCUUUUCUUUUAAUAAAGAAUAUGUGAAAGAUAACGAGAGAACCGUAAAUUAGAUUUUUUAAUAUGAAGCCAUUAAUUGGCGAUGACAAAGUUCAAUGGUUAAUCAGGUUAAUAAAAAAACAAAUGUUUAUGAUCAUUAUGUUAAGCCUUGAUUUCCGAAGUUUGGUUUUAAAUAGUUUUUUAAACAUAUUUGAAUACAGGAGUUAGUACACUAUACUACGGUAGAUGACUUUUGCUAAAGAUAGUGUCAUGUACUUGCUGGCAUUCGACAAAAAUCAGUAGUUGCCAAAG